ACUGUGUCUUCCUUGAUCAAAAAAGAAAAAAAAAAAAGUCAUCAGCUAAAAAUAAUUACAUCAAAGACCUCUAAAACACUCUAAUAUAAUUUAUAAAAUUAAUUAAAUGUCAAUAAGUUAAUAAUAAAUAUUAAUUAAACAAUUAGUCAAUAAAAAAUAUAACUUGUGUGUAUAAAAAAUAUAAAAAAAUAAAAUAAUGAGCUCACAGCAAAGUCCAGCAGCUUUACAAGCGACAGUUGAUCGUGACAAAGUAUAUACAUGGAUUAUUGAAUUAUCAAAUCCAGAAACUCGUGAAAAUGCUCUACUUGAAUUGAGUAAAAAACGUGAAGUUGUACCAGAUUUAGCACCAAUGCUUUGGCAUUCAUUUGGUACAGCAGCAUCAUUAUUACAAGAAAUAAUUAAUAUUUAUCCAGCAAUUAAUCCAGCAACGCUAUCAGCAUAUCAAAGUAAUCGUGUUUGUAAUGCACUUGCGCUUUUACAAUGUGUUGCAAGUCAUCCUGAAACACGUUCAGCAUUUCUUCAGGCACAUGUACCAUUAUUUCUUUAUCCAUUUUUACAUACAAUAAGUAAAACACGUCCAUUUGAAUAUUUAAGAUUAACAAGUCUUGGUGUUAUUGGUGCACUUGUUAAAACAGAUGAACAAGAAGUUAUAACAUUUUUAUUAACAACUGAAAUAAUACCAUUGUGUUUGAGAAUAAUGGAAAGUGGAUCAGAAUUAAGUAAAACAGUUGCAACAUUUAUAUUACAAAAAAUUUUACUUGAUGGUAGUGGUCUAUCAUAUAUUUGUCAAACUUAUGAUAGAUUUAGUCAUGUUGCUAUGAUACUUGGUAAAAUGGUAUUAUCACUUGCCAAAGAUCCAUCAGCAAGAUUACUAAAACAUGUUGUACGUUGUUAUCUAAGACUAUCUGAUAAUCCAAGGGCAUUAUUGGCACUUAGACAAUGUCUACCAGAUCAAUUGAAAGACAGUACAUUCUCAGCAUGUUUACAAGAAGAUACAUCAACAAAAUCAUGGUUAAAUCAAUUAUUAAAAAAUCUUGAAGUUGGACCACCACAAGUACCACCAACACAAGGACAACCAGAUCCUCGUUCAAUUGGCAUGUCACCAUUAACUUCGUAAAUAUAUUUAUUUUUCAUUCAUCAAUUUAUCAUAGUUAUUCUCUCGUAAUUUUCAUUAUGUUUCAAAAACAUUUGAGAGAAUUAAAAUAAGCACACGUACUUAGGUUUUUUUUUUUCCUUUUUUCUUUUUUUUUUUUCUAUCAAAUAUUUAACUUUGAGAUUGUAUAAUAAGUCAGCUCGUAUAUUUUCAUAUAGCUAAAUAAUUAUACAAUAUUGCGAUAUUUUAAAUAUGAUGAUGGUGAUAAAGAAUAUAUAUAUAUAAAAUAAUAAUUAUUCUUUUUGUUUAUUUAAAUAAACGGAGAGAGGAAAUAGAUUGUUAUUUUAUGAAAAAUAAUAAUAUUCUGAUUUAAUAAAUAUACUUUGAAUGUUUGUGUAAAUAGACAGUAUAAAAACAAAAAAAAAAAACAAAAGCUAUUUUAGACUUGUUUAAAUGUGUGUAUAUAAAUUUAAAAAAAGAAAAAAAUAUUCAAGCGAUGUUGAGGGUUUAAUUAUUAGAUAUUAUUGACAUUAAUAAAAUUAUUAUUUUUUUAUUUUUCAUUGAUACUCUAUAUACAAUAUAAAUUAAAUUUUGUUAAAUAAAAAAAAUUAAUAAUAAUUGUAAAAAAAGCCGGAUACAAUCUGAUAUUUUUUCUAUUAUGUAAGAAAAAUUAUGGUAAUUACUAGAUAAGUUAAUUAACAAUUUAUUAAUGAUAUAAAUAAAUAUAUAUAUUUCGAGUAAAUAAUUGGGUGAUAUGUUUAAUAAUGUGUGCUUGCAAAAAAAAAUAAGUAAUAUUGUUAAGCAUGAUAGUUUCUUUUUUUUUUAUAAAAAUAAAAUAGACAAGUUUUUUUUUCUUUUUUUUUUUCGAGGAAUUAUAAUUGCUUCUAACAGGUUUUUUUUUUUUAUUUAUUCAUUUUUGUUUUUGCUGCCUGUUGAGUAUAAUCAUUGGGAUGAAAUAAUGAUUAAUGCCUUUUAUUAAUAAAAGCCAAAAGUUAAAUAAAAAAAUAUAGAUAAAUUAAUAAGAUAAGAUAAAUUAAUAAAUAAAUAUGUAUAAUUUUGCAAAAUCAAAUGUUUUUCAAUGAAAAAAAAAAAAAAGUUACUGUAAAUAUAUUUUUCAAACAGUGUACUAUUUAUUAUUAUUAUUUUUUUUUAUAAUAAAAAAUUUUUUUUUCAAUUUAAUUUAAAUGAUAAA